AUGGAUGCCUCCGACUGCAGACGACCAGAGCACAUUUCAUGUUGUCAACAACAAAAAUUAUUAUCUGAUACUAAUAAACUUUCAAUAACAAUUGAACUGCAAUAUAAACAAUGUUUACAAGAACGUCUUGCUCAAUUAGAUACUGAAAAAAACUGUUUAUUAGUUGGUCUUGAACAAUUUUUAAAUGAGUGUCAAGAAACUGUUUUUGCCUUAACACGACAAGAUAUCGAUUAA